UGAAAACAAUAAUACUGUAUAUAAGGCAGAGUACAGUGGCCACGAGAAAAGCAUUUGAUUUGGAGUGUUAUUCUACAGGAGGCGGCAUCUGAAGCAUAAAUCACAAUGAAAUUCUUCUUGAUGUUCACCUUAAUUGGAGCCAGCAUUCUUUUUUCCAAAGCUGUGCAGCCUUUCGGUGCAGGUUACAACAGCCACUGCAUGUGUGUGAAACUGGAGUCAAGGGUAAUCCCAAAAGACAAUCUGCGAAGUGUGGAGAUCUUGCCUAGAGGUCCCCAUUGCAAGACUACAGAGGUUAUUGCUGGUUUAUCAGGUGGAGAGAAGAUCUGUCUUAACCCCAGCACACCAUGGGUUAAAAAACUCAUACGUUUUAUUGAGGAACAAAAUAAGCCAUCAAGAAAGAGUAAAAGAAAUGCAUUCUCAACACUGUGACUUUAAUUACCACUAUUCACAAGACGCUUUGAUUCUUAGUCAUGUAAACUGUGUCAUUUUCCAAAGGUUAAACUGUGUAUCAUUUUUGCAUGUUUAUUUUUGCAUCUAUCUUGUAUUAGGAGUCUGUCUCUUUUGAAGGAGUUGAGUUAUGUAUGGAUGAUUUUGUUGUACUUUUUAAUAAAUCAUUUAUUCCCCCAAAAUAAUUCAGCAUUACU